CCAAAGAAGAAAUCUAAGAUCUCGGAGGAGAUCGGAGUGGUGCUGCAGAUCAACGAUGUCCUGCACCUCACCGCAGACCAGAUAGACAGCUCCAAGAAGAAGCUCCAGGACCUGACGGAUCGAGACUUGGCAAAACACGAGCGAGAAAAGAUCCUCAACACUCUGGAGGCGUUCAUCUUCGAGACGCAGGACAAGCUGGAGCAGGAGGAGUUCCUGGCUGUGCUGACGGGGGAGGAGAAGGAGCAGAUCUCGGGGAAGCUGAGCGAGGCGUCCGGCUGGCUGGAUGAGGACGGGUACUCGGCCAACACUAAGGACCUGAAGGAGAAGCUAUCAGAGCUCAGGAAGCUGUGCAAGGCCCUGUUCUUCAGGGUGGAGGAGCGUAGGAAGUGGCCUGACCGCCUGGCCGCCCUCGACAGCAUGCUGAACCACACUGCCUUCUUCCUUAAGAGUGCCAGGCUGAUUGCCGAGGAUGAGCAGAUCUUCACUGAGGUGGAGCUGAACACGCUGGAGAAAGUCAUCAACGAGACCACGACGUGGAAGAACGCCACGGUGGAAGAGCAGGAGAAGCUCCCCGCCACGGAGAGGCCCGUGCUGCUGUCCAAGGACAUCGAGGCCAAGCUGGCGCUGCUGGACCGGGAGGUGAAGUACCUACUCAACAAGGCCAAGUUCGCCAAGCCCAAACCCAAAGCCAAACCCAAGGACAACUCCACCAAGACGGAGCCAGAGAGAAACGGCACCGCCCAAGACCAGGAGAAAGUCAUCCAGCCCGUGGGAGAGGAGGAAACAAAAAGUGAAGGAACAGAGGCUCCUGAGCAGAUGAAACCAGCUGACGAACCGCCCACCCCAGAGGCAGAUGGGAAAGACACCAGCAGCCAACCAGAGCCAACAGAACCUUUAGAACUGGAGGCGGAGCCCAGUACAGCGUCAUCAGAAAGCAGCAGCAAACCAGAAAGCCACCUAGAAGACGAAUUAUAACACCUGCAGCUCCUGAGAAACUUUCAGUGUAUUUAUUGCCAUUACUUUCGUAAUGUUACGGUUUUGUGUUUUUUGUUUUUUUUUUCUCUAAUUUAAAAUGGAACGUGUCCAUGGAUCAGUUUGGAAAGAGGUGUACAUUUCAUAUUUGGGGGAAUAUAUAUUUUUUGUCUCUUGUUCCUCCCCACUGCUGUAAAUGACUGUCCUACUGCCUAGCACAGCACCAGCGCACGCUGGGUUCAAUUCAAUGCAAUGUCAUUCCUUUCCUGUUGUAAUAUUAAAGGAGUACCGACCUAACCAAGGGGUUUGUUUUUAAAAAGCGCAUAAAAAUUCGCCAUUAUUUUGCUCUUCACAUUUUCAACUUUGACGCGCUGUAUCCUCCCACAGGGCUUCGAGUUCUAUUCAUAUCCCCCAUAGACAGACAAUGCGUGCAGCAAGGUAGGACCCUAUUGUUUGUAACGCAGGAAGCGAGUCUUAAUGCAGCUCGCCAGAGUCAAAGUGAGAUCAACAGCAACACAAAAACAGACUGUGCUUUGUGUUUCUAAGCAUGGUUGGUGCCCCUUUUUAAAGUGUGCGUAGCUGUGGGUGUUUGGAAGCACAGAGAGACUGAGACUACUUUUUUUUUUUUUUUUUUUUGAGAGCUGAUUUUUCGGGCUGUCUAGGAUACCCGUCCCCUGAAUUCACUAACUACAAGUUUUUGUCUUUAUUAAAAAAAAAAAAAACACAUGAAUUUCUUUUAAACUUUUCCAUUCACCCUUUCCGUGGAACAGUGUUAUUUUUGCACCCAAAGCAAUCCACAUAAAUAACCAAACCUUGCUGGUCUGUUUGAACUGCAGGGUAACAGAGGCCUGCCUCACGUCUACCCAGCAGCGCUCACUUAGUCACAGCGCGGGCAUGGUAACAUUCCUCUGUAGCGCUGAAGGGGUAUUCGAGGGUUUUGCCUUGCGUUUCUCCUGUCUCUGGAGCACAGGCUGAGAGCUUGAUGAGACCCGUUUGCAUGCGGUUUGAGCCGUUUCAGGUCGGCGUGACGUCUGUCCGACUCCAGCUCUGUAUAUCCGCUCUUAGGAAUCCUGCGCUAGGGAGGCUAGCCUCCAUCCUCACUGCAUCUCAAAGCCAGCUAUUAUUAACAGCGUCACGAUGAGAGCCUGUAGCAGAGUUAUACAAAGACAAUGCUGCUACAAAGCUUGCUGAAAAAUUGAAAUUGCCUUUUUUUUUUUUUAGGCUAGGUUCUUGUUUAGUCCUUUUGCCCAUCCCCUCCCAGCAGAACUGGUUUUGGAUGGUACCAGAGUUUUAUGCAGAGUGGAAGUGUGUAGCUGCCCUGUGUCAGAUGGGGGAGGGUUGUCUUGUGUGGUGUUUUUGUCCCUGAUAAUCAUCCUAUUGAAAUCCAGUAGACACGUAUCACAGCAAAGCGAUAUUUGGAAACUGCUGGGCCUGCGUGCUUUCUGUUUUUUAACCAGAAUCGAACGCAUCGUGAAUGACGGACCGUUCUGUUGCUGCUUUUCAAACACGGGCGAUAUUCCCUGUCUCCUGUUGGUCUACCCUGUGAAAUUCUGAACAGCGUUCUGAAUAAAACCAAUAAAGACUGCAGUUCUGUUAUUUUCUUUUCUCUGUUGGAGAGUGGUUCAAUAUCGUGUGUCUGUUUUCUUAAUUUUUUUGUUGUUGAAAGAGUAGAAAAGCCUAUUUAAGGAACUGGGGGGUGAAAUAAAACAAGAUUUUGUUUUCUAAAAUGUCAAUAAAGAUUUUUUUACUGUAA